UGCUAUUCAAAGCUUCCUUAUUAGCUUGUAAUUGGCGUCUUGGUCUUUACACUAAGGUUGCUACACCGUGGGUUGCAGUACAUUUUAGAGAAAGGUUAUGGCGUGUGACAGGUCGGUUUCUCUCUGUCACUUUUGGUCCUCGCUACACGCCGUAGUUCCAUGCGGAUCUGCUGGAGGCUGGAUGAAUGAGGCAUGACCGGCAGAUAGGAUGGAGAAUUUGAAGAUGCGAUUUGAUUUCCCCAGCCCUGUCAUACAAGCCCAGACGGUAAGAAAUCUCGUUGGUGCUGUGCUAAAAGAGAAAGGGCCAAAUGGGAAAAUCACGCAGUCUUCCACACAGGGUCCAGCGUUGGAGGCUCUGUGGCAGCAGUGUUGCACUGACUGUGCUCUGGUGCGUUCAGCCUGCUGUGACGCUGUAGUGCUGCUGGUGGAUCAAGGCCACGCAGACCUGCACUAUGUCCUCAACAGCGUGCUCAAUCUCCUGCCCUCUGCCAGAAAUGUCCAGGGGCUGAUAAAGGUCAUUGGACGGCUGCUACAGAUGCUGGCAGACCAGAGAGACGGAGAAACGCACUUCACCUGUCCUUAUUCUAUCAGGAGCAGCCCUCACCCAUACAUCACAGCCCUGGAGAACCGAGUGGAGUGCUGGCCAGCUCUGCUGCUGGAGAUUAAUGACUUCAUUCAGCAGGCAGCUGACAGAAAUGAACCAGCCUACAUCACCAUGCUAGCCCCCUUCCUGCGGUACCUGUACUGCGAACCUCAGAGGCAACCCCAGCACGCCCUGCUGCGACACAGUCUCCUCAGGGUGCUGCUGCCCAUACAUCCAGGAGCUGGAUCAGUCCUCCAGAACAAGGACCAGGACCAGGAGCAGAGCUCCCCAGUGUCUGACAGCCUGCUGCACUGCCUCUGUCAGCUGGUGCCACACAUGCAGGUGGACAGUGUGGAGGCGGUGCUGGAGUUGUGUGGAUUCAUAGACGCUCUGCUUCAGGGUCUCGUCCUGGCCUCUGAGGAGCGCUGGAGGACUCAGAGAGCCGGGUUGCUUCUGCAGCUGCUCUGCGCCUGCCAGCGCUGCCUCAGGUUCAAUGGAGACUGCCGACCUCUUCUCAACUCACUACAGCGGUUCCUGCCUGCCUGCCAACAGGGGCUGCCAUUGGACGAGCUUUUGAUGGGUGUGGCCUUGCUCCUGCUGGAGGCCCCUGCAGCUCAGCAGACCAGCCUGCUCAGUCUGGCGCUGAGUUUAGUCCCUGAGCAGGCUGAGCUGUCGCCCUGGUUGAGUCCAGUCCUGGUUCUUCCUGUGCUGCAGCUCCUGUCCUGCUCGGGCCUCAUCGAGCCGCUGGCUGACCGGCGGACGCACAGCCUCAACCAAGACUUGGCCCACAGCCUGCUUCGCAGCAUCAGCAGAGAGACAGAUAAACCCCGAGAGUUUGGUCCACAGCUGGAACUCCCUCUCAGUUCCUGGUACAGCGAGCUCAGCGUGGCUCUAUCCAUACUGUGUAAGGUGGCAGAUGAUCCAGCCGCGGCAGCCGAUUGGCUGUUGUCGGUCAGCUCUGCCCUGUCGUCCAGCCAGCGCCAGCUCUCCUCCCUCACCCUCAUUGUGACCCAUCUCAUCAUCACGGGUCAGGAAGACGUCUGCCAGCUGGCUCUGAAUGCGAGCCAGGCCAUCGCUGCAGCCGACCCCUGCCAGGUCCCUUCCCUUAUUCCUGUUCUGUUGUUCAAACUGGGGAAGGAAACGAAUCCAGGCCUGGCUCACGCUGUGUUGAACUGCCUGCCUAACCUCGGGACUCAUAAGCUCUGUGUCCCAGUGGUGCUGCAGACUCUCCACAGGCUGGCCAGCGCCCCCAAGCUGAGAGCAGUGGCAAUGCGCCUCAUGACUGCUCUUUGGAAGAAACAGGAUCGAAUCUACCCGGAGCUGCAGCGUCUGCUGGGCCAGCAGGACAGUAGGGUGGUGGUGGGAAGGGACGCCCAGUGGGAGCAGAUCCUGGCCAGAGCCGCCUGCCUCAGGGACAUCUGCAGAGAGAGGCCUUACCAGCAUGGAGGUGACAUGUUGGCUGCCAUUACACUUACUCUGAACCAGUGCACCAGACCAGACAUGGCAACCCCUGCUGCCCUCGCCCUGCAAGGACUACAGGAGCUGUGCCGGGCAGAGGUAGUGGACAUCAUCUCAACAUGGAGAAGUCUCGGGCCCCAGCUGAGCUGUGACCCCCGUCCACUGAUGGUUAAAGUCAUAGCUGAGCUUCUGGCUCUGGUUCCCCAGCUCAUUGUCAAGUCAGAGGAGUACGAGAAACUGAAAGAGGAGGUUGUCAGCUUUCUCUGGAAUUAUGCUGUGAGCAAGGAUCCAGAGGUGGCCAGCUGUGGCUACAAGGCUUUGGCAGAUUUUCCUGAAGCGGCCCACACAAUAAAUCUCCUUCCUGAGGCAGCCAGACCAGCUACAAAGCUCCCUGAAGAUGAGGACGAUGAACAGGGGAAGGAGAAAGAGGGAGAAGAGAAGGAUCUCUCCAUCCUAGGUUCAUCUUAUGUGAAGCUGAUGGCUCUCACCCCUGUAUCUGUCCUACCAGCCUUUGAGCUCUUCCUGACCUCACUGGUGAAGCAGGAGAUGAGCCAGAUGCCACGGGGGGUAUACUUCUCUGCCCUGAGGGGGGACCUGCGUUCAGACCAGGGUAAAACGAUGGCAGGAAUUCCAUCAUUCAUGCUGAAAACCUACGAGAAAAACAAGCAGCCUGGGCUAAAGCCUGGACUAGCAGCUGGACUUCUGCUCUGUUACGAGCUGCCUGUGCAGACGGACCGUAACGGCAGACCAAUCGAUCGUUUCCUCAUAAGCCGCAGCCGCAGCUACCAGCAGACCUUGGCAGCCCUCAUUCAUGAAGUGAACAUUCAGCCAUCUGAAUGGCACCGUGCUCUCCUCCUGCCCCGGGCCUGGCGAGGAUUCAUGAGCCGAGCUUUCCACGCUAUCCUGCAGGGUCGACGUGCUGAUUUGGAGAUGCAGCAGAAACAAGGCAAAGAAAACCCGCAAGAGCUACAGUACAAACAACACUGUGCCUGGCUUUGGGCCAGAGAUCAGCUGGCAGACGUUAUCAAAGCUGCUACAAAGGACAGUCCUGUUGUUCAGGGAAACUCCAUCCUGGCUCUGAGUGGCCUGGCUGCUGUCCUCGCUAAAUAUGAGAGCAACCUGCCUGCUGAUAGUGACGGCAGCCUCGGGGCUGGACCAGAGUUUGUGCCCACAGCCAGCUGGUUGGCCAUGGUUCUCAACACCCUGCUCAGCAUCAGCAGCAGCAGCUACAAGGCCAGAGGACAGGUUUUCCCAUGGUUCCUACAUCGUUCCUACUCAGGUGAGAACACGGCGAGUGCCAUAGCUCGCUCCUGUGCCAGCCUGGCGUUGUCACUGCUGGUCCCGGUGCUGGUGGUGUGGCAGAGGGACGGUCUGGUCCAGGUCCUGUCAGCACUGCAGGCCGGCCUGCCGGGCUCCCCCACCGCAGACGACUCCCAGGCUGUUCAGUUCCACUCUGGCCUCGCGCUUGGCAUGGUGCUGUCCAGUCUGCACCACCAACGCCUCAGUGAUGUCUCUGUGCAGAAGGACGCUGAACUCCUCCUCAGCUCUCUGGAUGCUCUGGAAAGUUGCUCCUUCAACCCCAACCUGGAAUACAAUUCUGGCUGUAUGCUAGGUCUGGGUCUGGUGCUUGCAGCUCUCUGCGGUAGUGGACAGACGGACCAACAUGUCCAAGUCACCCAAACACUAGACAAACUAUUGUCCAACCUGCAGGACAGCAACGGGCGGGGACGCAUGCUGCAGGAGGUCUUGGCGUACUCUGUGGCAUGUGUGGGCGUCUCAGCCUUCAGCGGAGGCCUUAUAGAUGCUGCCAAGGCUGAGGAGGUCAUGAACACUCUGCGCACCCUGACUGAGGAGAGCCAGCAGACUCCAGGCUUCUCCCUGGCUCUAGGGUUGGUGGUCCACGGCCUGUCAAUGUCCGGCCACGGUAAAGCAGAGGACAUCCAUCCUCGUCUGCUGGCUGCUUGGAUCAAGAUCUUACUGGCCGAGGGUUGUCCCACUAUGCAGCGACUGGCUGCCGUCAACGGCCUGGUGGCUUUAGUAGGAUCUGAGAGUUACCUCAUUCAGCUAAUGAGAGAGUUGGAGCUUUCCUCCCAGCAGCAGAGCAGGCUGAAUGAGGUUAUUCGAGCCAUCACGCAGAUCAUAACGUUCUCAGGAGCCAUUGGUUUGCAGUCCAACAGUGCUUGUUUGGUGGGUCAUUUGCAUUUGGCCCAUAUGUCCAGCAGCCACAGUCACACAGCAGUUCCUCAGGAUUUCAGUUACCUCUCAGAGAAAAGUGUCAUCAGACCCAUCAUUGACUUCAUCACAGAGGCAGGAAAAAAAGGUCCAGAGUUUGCCCACCCAUCUCUAGUUAAGACUGCUCUGACCCCCCUGGCAUCAGUUGGAGCCAGUUUCCAGUACCCACCCAUCAACUGGAGUGCUGUCCUGUCUCCUCUGAUGAGGCUCAGUUUCGGAGAGGACGUACAGCAUCAGUGUGUGGUGCUGGCAGUGUGUCAAGCUCAGUCUUCUCAGAGUGCCUCUCUCUUUCUGGCCUCCUGGCUGUCACCGCCCCUUGUGCACAGUCUCAGUUACCAGACUCGGGCUCAGCUGUAUGAGAGCCUGGGCUUGUGGAUGAAGCAUGUUGCUGAGGACAAGCUCCAGGUCUACGUGGAGAGUCUGGGCCUGCAGCAGUUCCAGGAGGACCUUCGACCCCAGCGUCUGCCCCUGUGCCGCUCCCUGCUGCAGGGCCUCGCUCAGGCCAUGGCCCUUCCAAACCCCCCCAACCACUGCUGGACCAUCCUCCGCUCCACCACAGAGAAGAUUUUCACCCUCCUGCCUAACCAAAUCCAGGAUAAUGAAGUGGAUUUGUAUGUGGGAAUCGCCAAAUGUCUGUCUGAGAUGUCUGAUACAGAGAUUGAAAGAAUCGCUCGAGUCACAGAGUCUCAGAUGGAGAAGACCUGCUUUGUCCUGGCAUACUUGACCUCCCAAGGCAGAGUUCCCCUCCUGGGUCUCAAUGACAUCAUUGCCGGUGUGCUUCGUAGUUGGCCAAGCCGCAAAGUCGGCUGGCUCCUCCUGCAGACUUUUUACCAGUGUCGCCUGGCCACCAACUCCAAUACAGGCGUUUUGAAACGAAUGGAGUGGCUCCUGGAGCUGAUGGGACACAUCCGAAAUGUUGCCUAUGGGGCGACCUCCGUCACGUGUGGAGACACCAAACUGGCCACAGACUUCCUGUUCCAGGUUUUUGCUGCUGCUGUAGUUUCCUGGGGUGACCACUUCAUGCCCCUCCUCCUUGGCAUUAGGGCCCAGUGGUUCCCAUGGCAGCCUGGCUCCAAGCCCCAAACUCUACAACACAGUCUGUACGGUGAGGAGUCAUUCACUGUCCACGCCCUGUCGCAGUGCCUGCUGGGAAUGUCCCACAGCCUGCCUCUGCUUCUGGACAAAGAGCCCUGGAGCAGCCAGACACACAAGUUCAUAGACUGGCUUCUCAGUAUCACAGAAGGUCCUGAACAGAGUCUGUCGGCCACAACCAUCAGCACAGCCAAAGCUGCCCUGUUGGCCCUGAAGUCCUCUGCUGAGUUCAAGAAGAAAGCUGUGUGGACCAGAGCAUACGGCUGGUAGCCAGGGGGGCCAACACACUGUUACCAUGGCAGCACAUUCAGAGGUUCUUCACAAAAACAUGGCUGGAGCUUUAACACACUCAAGUUACAUCUUUCCUGUCUCUGACUGUUGGACAUGGAGGACAUACAGUGAUGACUCUGAACGUGUGGAGACAGCUGAGGCUUACUGCAGCACCGUGGACUUUUUACAUUUAUGAGCUUAAACAGAAACUGCACUGCCAUUGUAGCUCUACUUCAAUCACAUAUGAGAAUGACAACGUCAAGAGGAAUGUGCUCUGUCAAAACAAUAUAUGCCCAGUAAAAGUUCAUCAAACAUUUAA